GUCGUAGUUCGCAGCGAACAAUCAUGGCUAAGUGGACCGACGGGAUUGAGCUCAAGAUCGCAAACAUUCUUUGCUACGUCAUGUUCCUCGGCUCAAAUGGGUGGCCUAUUGUUACCCCUGGGCAGUUCGACCCGUACAGAGGCAAGGACACUUACAUGACUCCCGCCCCGUGGGUCUAUGCUAUCUGGCCUCUCAUCCACCUUUUGCUCCUUGGAACGAAUAUAUACCAGUUUAGCCCCACCGGCAAGCGUGUCGUCAUCGACGAAAUUGGCUGGCGCUUCCCACUGCUCUCCGUGCUCAGCGUCGUGUACGCCAAUGUCAGGAAUACUCGCCACUACACUGUCGCAUUCGUCUUCGCUCUUCUCGUUAGCUCCACCGUCACUCACAUCUACUACGUGUUGACAACCCGUCGUGCGACGUAUCGAGUCGGGGACGAGGUCCUCGUACACCUCCCCUUCUCGCUCUGGCACGGAUGGGCGACCUUCCUACUCAUCCUUUCUGCGUUUGAAGCAUUCGGUAUCCAUACCUACGAUCCGGCCGGAGACUGGACCAAGGCCCUCGUCUUCAUCGGCUUGUUCUUCCUCGAGGCUCAUGCGGCAACCUACGCGUCGUACACCCGCGAGGGCGACCUUCCCGGCGCCAUUGCUAUCACCUGGUCUCUGUGGGCCGUUUACGACCACCAGAUCAAGUGGCAGUCCGAGUUCAUCCAUAUCUCCGCACUCGUGUUCGCGAUUCUGUCCGUCUUCUGGGUUUUAGUGGGCACCUUCAAGGCUGCCAGGCGCCUCCAUCGCCGCAGCGGCUCCGUCCUGCCCGGCGGGGGUGCCGAGCGUGCGCCACUCCUCGGCCGCUAAAUCUUAAGCAUUAGUUGUGGUCUGUUUUUCUCGUCUUGUCCUAAACGUUUGAGUUUUAACGGUCCCUUGCCGUGAGCAUUGCGAUUAUUGUAAAUGGACCGACGAUUCUUCAUGUUGCUAUCGGUGAUCUCCCUUCUACUGUGUACCUUUACUAUGC